CCGCCUCCUGCAAAAUGACUCACACACAGAAACAGAACAGGUAGAAAACACCUGGACAGGCUCAGCUGCAGCAGGAGGACACAGGGUCAUACCUUUUAUUUAGAUUUAUAUAGAUUUAAUGACUUAUACUGAGUCCUGACUCAUUAUUAAAGACUUUGAAGACACUUUGAUCGCAGUCUGGCUGAAGUGUGACUGUCCGAUCUGUUUGCUGUAUAUCUGCGUUCACAGCUGCUCCGCAGACACAGAGCCUGCCUGCCUGCCUGCCUGUCUGUCUGUCUGUCUGCCUGCCCAGGUGCCUCCCAGCAGCUUGGAGGAGGACUCGAACCUGAGACCGGUUCUUGUCGCUGUGCCGGGCUCCUGCUGUCCUCCGGGUUUAGAUCAGUUUGAGUCUUGGACAGAAACGUGCUGCUGUGAUUUCACUUCUAAACUUUGAUCCUGCGGUGGCUGCUGGGAAAUAAAGCGCCUCUGUGCUGCUGUCUCUGUCGGGGAAAACGUCUCUGUCUCUGCUGAAAUGUCUGUCAGCUCGGACCAGAUCCAGACCGGAGAGCAGAACCGAACCGGGGUCGAGCUGGAGCAGCAGGAGGCCGGGAUCCUGCAGCCGCAGACCGUGUUUGUCAUCCUGGACUCGGCUGAAACGCUCAACCUGGUCCGGGUGGAGUCUGGUAUCGUCGCCGACAUCGAGGUCGACAGUUUGCUGCCGUCGGACUGCGACACCUUCUACCAGAUCAAGAGUCAGCCAAUCAGCAUCAGCGCGUCAGCAGCAGCUUCCUCCUCUUCAUCCUCUCUGCCGUCCAGCAUGUCAUCCAGGGUUUUGAUGCGUCAGGAUUUGAUGCGUCAGCAGGCUCUGGAGGAGGAGCAGAAGGAGGCGCAGCAGCAGCUCCUCCGCUCGCACGACUUGUCCUCCCCCAUCUCUGUGUCUGUGUCCUCCUCUUGCAGACCUCCUGCUCAGGUCCCUGUGGAGGUGCUCAAGGUGCAGACUCACCUGGAGAACCCCACCAGGUAUCACAUCCAGCAAGCUCAGAGGCAGCAGGUGCGUCAGUAUCUCUCCACCACACAGACGGCCAAUCAGGAGCCAGCUGGACCAUCGCCAGGCCACUCCCCCUACCUGGGCUCCGCCCCCAAACUCCAGCCUGCAGACGACAGCGGCAAAGAGCAGAUGGAAGAGACGGUCAUCGAUGACAUCAUCAGCCUGGAAUCGAGCCUGAACGACGAGUUUCUGACGCUGAUCGACUCUGGAUUGCAGCUUGCCAACACGCUGCCGGUGUCGGGGAACAUGCUGCACGUGUACGGCGGCAGCAGAGGAGUGGCCACGCCCACCAUCCCCAUUAGCAACAGUUGCCCGGCCGACCUGCACGCCGUCAAGAGAGAGCUGAACGAUGUGGAGGCCAAAGCUCUGAUCAAAGACCGACAAAAGAAAGACAACCACAACCUCAUUGAGAGGAGGAGGAGGUUCAACAUCAACGACCGGAUCAAAGAACUCGGAGAUCUCAUCCCCAAAUCCACUGACCCGGAGACGAGGUGGAACAAAGGAACCAUCCUGAAGGCGUCGGUGGAUUACAUCCGCAAACUACAGAAAGAGCAACAGAGAGCCCGAGAGAUGGAGGAGAGACAGAGGAGGCUGGAGAACACCAACCACUCCCUGCUGCUCCGCAUACAGGAGUUGGAGCUUCAGGCUCGCCUCCAAACCCUCUCUUCCUCCUCACCUCUCCCCACCUCCUCCUCUUCCUCCUCCCUGGACCCCCAGGCCCUGCUCUCUCCUACGCUGCCUCACCCCUUCUCCUCCCCCUCCCCCUCCUCCUCCCUGGUGACCCCCUCCCUGGGUCUGGACGCCCUGAGCUUCGUGGAGCUGGACGAUCCUCAGGGAGCCUCCACCGUCUUCUCCCCAGACUUGAUGUCUGACGUGGGGCUGACGGAGCUCCACGGUCUGGGAGACAUCCUGAUGGAGGAGGGGGGAAGCGUGGUAGGAGGGGUGAUGUCCGACCCCCUGCUGUCCUGCGGAGCCUCGAAGACCAGCAGCAGGAGGAGCAGCUUCAGCAUGGACGAGGACCUCUGAUGACAUCAUCAUACACACAGGGAUCCUAUUGGCCCAGAGCUGGAGGCCGGGCGCCGCCCAGCCGGGAGUGUUUUUAUUUCAAUAGGACUAUUUUAAAUCAGUGACAUCAUCAAAACAAACAGUGCACAAAGGCGACGUCACAGGGAACAGCUGUAUCCUCCAGAGUAACCAUGGUAACCACUGUGUCCUACAGUGUUACCAUGGUAACCACUGGUGUCGGAGCAUCACUGCUGCCGGGAAAAGAAAAAACAACAGAUGAGAAGUAACCGACAUUAAAAUACUCACUAAACUAAAUGAUACGAAACCAACUGAAGGGCCGUCGUGGUGGAACCGUCUCUCUCUCUGCCCUCAUUUCCUGUCCGCUCGGUGACAUUACACUAAUUCACAAUCGUGACGUGUGAAGUCAGUUUUCCAACUGACUUUCUGAUUAUCUUGACUUCAAAAGUCUAAUUUUUGAUUACAAAGAGAUACAAAUUCAAAAUUGUGAAUUAUCUCGAGUCAUAAUCUCAGCUGAGUAACUUUGUAUUUUGUCAUUUGGACUCGCUGUGACUCUUUCUUCAUUCCUAACUUCCUGUCUCUUUCUUUCUCUUCCUGGCUGCAAUGAGCUUCGUCACAAAUGGAGAAAAAGUUAUUUCCCUAAAAUGUUCCUGAAGGUUUCCGGUUGAAAAGGGCUUUAAAGUAAAUAUGUCUUAACUGUUAACAUGUUUAUAUUGUUUCUAUGCAGCAAACAGCAUUAAUGUGUUCACCUGCAGCUGAGUCCUGCAGCUUUCUUUGGUUUACCUGGCCACGCCCCCAGUAUUGACAGUGUUCUUCGCUGCUGGAAUGAGUCAUACGUGUCUCACCUGUUCUGACCAGUUUGGCCAGCAGGUGGCGCUGUUCUGCAGGUGUGUACUCACCUGUGUCAGACUAAAGAAGGACUCUAGGAAACUAAAGAUGUUAUUUUAGAGAUUUUACCGACAGAACAAACAAUGGAAAACCUUCAGAUGAAUCUGCGGUGAAAACGAGCCUCAGCUGCAGCUUCCGUAGAAAACAAAGUUUAUUCACGAAGGUUUUUUAAACAUGACGUCUGACCCUCAGUUCAGUCCUGUAAAUAUGAACAUAUGUACAUAAAAACAUAAAUCUAUAAUCACUGUGUGCUGGAAACAAACACUGAUGAGAUAUUUUACUGGAUGAGAUCUGUUCAGGUUCAUUAUUGAGUCUAUUUGAUCUUUUAUUAUUUUUAUUAUCUUGUGCGUUCUGUUGGGUAAAUGAGCUUCAGAGGAAACAGAAGGGAAACUUCAGCAGUUCUGCUCUCACGACUAAAACGCUAUUUUUUCAAAUCUCCAAAUCCUGUCGUUCACAUCCUGCCGAUCAAAUCAUCCGUCAGUUUUUAUGAAAAUCAACCUGCAGAGAGAAAAUCCACCACAGUCAGUGUUCAGGAAACUUCAUUUGUCAAAGUUUUCGUUGUGUCUUAAAGGCGGGGUCAGCGAUUCUAAUCAAUACACGUCUUUUUGUCAGAUUCGGUGAAUCUCUCCUCGCGGUCCGCUAGCUGUGCGUUCAGUGUGAGCGCUGAACGCUCCUGUUCGUACUCAGCCCUGGCUCUGUGAACGGGAAACACAAAGAGGCUCGGACCGAGCCGCACAGCACUGUUCAGCCACGAUCUGUGUGUCAGUGACGUUAAACGACCUGCCCGCAGACAUUCAGCUGACUCUGUAGUUUAAGAUCGGCUGUUGUUGUGAUGUUAGCUGUAGCAGCAGGAGAGUUGUGAGCGUCGCUGUCUGGAGCUGCUGUGCUGCUCUGGGAAACCGUCUCGUCCUCUCUGGCUGUUAGCUUCGCAGCAGCAGCUGUAGGGACAGUUUGCUAACCCACAACCGAGCUAAGCUAACCCACAACCGAGCUAAGCUAACCCACAACUGAGCUAAGCUAACCCACAGCCUGGCUAAGCUAACCCACAGCCUAGCUAACAUUAGUUACAGUACUUGCUGUGUCGCUGUUCGUUCUGUAUCAUGGUGUCUGUCAUGUAUUGGAUUUCUCCAGAAUCGCGUUCCGCACCUUUUGUCUGUUUUAAAAUCUCUUCCUGUUGAAGCUUUGACAGUGUCCUCAACUUCCAUGUUUGAUUGUGUGUCCUCUCGUUGAAAACUCUAACAGAACAGAGUUCAUAAACAGCAGCUACGUUGACUAGCUGUUAGCUGUUAGCUGUUAGCUGUAACUGGACUGUAUGAAUUGUAGUUUGGAGCCACCUGCUAAGUUGCUGUUAGCGGUCACCUACAAACUGUGCAGUCCAUUCAGUCCGUUAGCUAAAAGCAAGCUAACUGUUAGUUGUAGUCGAACUGAGCGCAGAAACAGUUUUUCACUGAAGGAGAAAUAUUGAAAACAACAUUUUAAUAGUUGAAACGUCUCAGAACAAAAAGCCACAGAUGUUACAGGAGAUGAUGUCAGUGAUGUGAUCCAAUGCCGGUUACUAUGGAAACAUCAGCUGAACUACAGAUCCAACAUGGCUGCCGGCUCAGCUGUCAGUCAUCAGAUAAAAACUUAAAGGGAUUUCUGUUUUUUUUAUAUUGAUGUUGUUCUGAUUUAUGACAUUUAUGUUUACAAACAUCCGGUUUAUAGUUAAUGUGCUGCAUUUAGUCUGAAUAUGAUCUCAAUAUGUUUCAUUUAGCAUUAUGUUUGUUUUGAUAGAUUCUUUAUGUUUCAGAUUCAAACUUUUAUAUAGAAAUAAAGUCAUUUAAUAAAAACAGA